AUGAGUGCCAGUGGUGUGGCGGCCGUGGCUGAAAGCUACCAGGCGUUCAACCCCAGGGCCUACCUGCAGAACAACUACAUGCCGCCUCGUGCCAACUUCACCAGCGAGGAGUAUGCGGUCCCUUGGAAACUCCGUUGCCUGGCGGAUGCCUUUGCCACAGGGGAAAUCUAUGGCCAUACUCUCAUUGACAUUGGCACAGGCCCCACCAUCUACCAGCUCCUCAGUGCCUGCGACUACUUCGAGGAGAUCGUGGCCACUGACUACCUGGAAGUGAACCGGGCUGAGAUUCGUGGCUGGCUGCGCGGUGAGGAUCCCGGCAUCUUCAACUGGACACCGUACAUUCAGCACGUUUGUAGGAUUGAAGGCAAAGGGGAGCCAUGGAAGGAGAAGGAGCAAAAACUGAAGAAGAAACUCAAGAAGGUCCUCCCCAUCGAUGUCCACCAGCCCAGCCCCCUGGGCUUCUUGCUCAGCCAGCCGGCCGAUGCCUUAGUCUCUGCCUUCUGCCUGGAGGCAGUGAGCCCGGACCGCCCGAGCUUCGAUCGUGCCCUGCAGAACGUCACCACGCUCCUCAAGCCCGGCGGCCAUUUCCUCAUGAUUGGGGCUCUGGAGGAGUCCUUCUACCUGGCUGGAGAGGCCAAGCUGUCAGUGGUUCCCAUGAGCAAGGCGGGCAUCAAAGAAUCCUUUGCCAAGUGUGGCUACCACAUCUGCAACUUCCGCUCCUACGACAUGCCACCAAGUCUGAAGAUCGGGGUGGAUGAUGUACAAGGCAUCUUUUUCAUCCAUGCACAGAAGCCAGCUUGA